AUCAUCACUCACACUUUAUUUUGUGUUCAGUGCUGCCUACCCGUUUCCCUCUUGGAUUCCUCAACGAAUAACUCUCACCAUGUGCGGCGUAUUCUCAAUUUGCCAACAAACAUGCAAAAACAAGCCAAAGUACGACCUAGAUGAGGCUCGCAAGUUGUCCAGAAGACAACACCAUCGUGGACCGGACUUCAGUGGAUGCUACCAAGACACGAAGACUGGAGAUAUACUAGUCCACGAGCGUCUAGCCAUUAUGGAUCUAGGUGUUGUUCAACCACUUCAAGGAACAGCCCCAAACCGUCAGGUUAUACACAACGGUGAAAUCUACAACCAUCAAGAACUCCGUGACACCGAGCUGAAGAAAUACAAUUUGAAAACCCAUUGCGAUUCAGAGGUUAUUAUUUUCUUGUACGAGAAAUACCGUGACGGACACAUCUGCAACCUUCUUGAUGGAGUUUUUGCAUUUGUUCUUUGUUGCGAUGGAGAUUUCCUUGCUGCUCGUGACCCACUUGGCGUAAAACAAAUGUACUACGGAAUUGAUGACGAUGGAAGAUACUUCUUCAGUAACGAGAUGAAGUGCUUGGAAGAUAGUUGCGGAGAUAACAAAAUAGAAUCGUUCCCACCCGGGCACUACUACACUCCUAAAACGGGAUUCGUUCGCUAUUUCAACCCAGAAUGGUUCGACUUCAGAAAAGCGAUCCAUCCAUUGGACCUCAAACUUCUCCAAAAAACCAUGAUAGCUUCAGUCCACAAGAGAUUAAUGUCCGAUGCACCAAUUGGAGUUUUGCUCUCGGGAGGACUUGAUUCCAGUCUGGUCUCUUCAAUUGCUUCAAGAGAAAUGAAAAGGAGAGGAAUGGCCGUUCACUCGUUCUCCAUUGGUGUCGAUCACAACUCCCCAGAUGUUGUGGCUGCUAGAAAAGUUGCAAAGUUUAUUGGAACUACUCAUCAUGAGUUCUAUUUCAGCAUUGAGGAAGGUAUCAAGAACCUGCGUAAGCUUAUUUGGCAUCUUGAGUCUUAUGAUGUCACAUCCAUUCGUGCUUCUACUCCAAUGUACUUCCUCUCCGAAGAAAUCAGGAAAUUGGGAAUCAAAGUUGUUCUUUCUGGAGAAGGAGCUGAUGAAAUCUUCGGUGGAUAUCUCUACUUCCACAAUGCCCCAUCCGAUGAGGACUUUCAAAAGGAAACCAUCGAUCGUGUUCUUCAUCUCUACACAUCUGAUUGUCUUCGUGCUGACAAGUCUUCGAUGGCUCACUCAGUCGAAGUUCGUGUUCCAUUCCUGGAUAAAGCAUUUGUUGAGGCUGCAGUCAGUUUGGACCCUGCAUUUAAGCGCCCACAAAAACUUGAAGAUGGGAGAAACUGCGAGAAGUUUGUUCUCCGAUCAGCUUUCAACACGGACCAAUACCCAUAUCUGCCUGAUGAGAUUUUGUGGAGACAAAAAGAACAGUUCUCCGACGGAGUUGGAUACAGCUGGAUUGACACUCUCAUGAAGUACUGUGCUGCUAAAAUUACCGACAAGGAAUUCUCUCAAGCCUCUAAGCUUUUCCCACACAAUACUCCACACAGUAAGGAAGCAUUCUACAUGAGAAAGAUCUUCCACGAGCAGUUCCCAUCUGAGCAAGCGGCUCUCACUGUCAGAAAAUGGAUUCCAAAAUGGCAAAAGAACCAAGAUCCAUCAGGAAGAGCAUCAUUGGUCCAUGAGAACUCUGCUCACAACAUUGGAGACGAAUUCUGCAACAACAAAUCUGCAAUCAGUCAACAUCACAUUGAACAAUGCCGACCACAAGCAUAAUAACUGAGCUCUUCAUGUCAUGACACAGCACAUUCCUUAUUUCAUAUCCCCAUUUUUAAACUUUCUAUCGCUUUAUGGGAGGAGACCAUGAUUAAUCAUUUCGAUGUAUUUUUCAAAAAUACCUUUUAGUUACGCUUUUUCUGGGCUUUUAACCUGAAUAAAUAAAUGUGCAUUGG